AUGCGAGCCCAGGGCGUCGAUCCUUGGAUCGAGAUCGACGGGGGUGCCAGUGGCGCCAACGCCAAGGACAUCAAGGAGGCGGGGUGCAACGCCAUCGUGGCGGGGAGCGCGGUCUUCAACGCCCCCGACUACGCGGAGGCGGUGAAGGCCAUCAAGGAGGCGCUUCGAGCUUUGCUGUUCGGCUCUGUUAAGCUCAGCGAGAAAUGGCGACGCCGUCAGACGUUGUCCCCCCUGGUGCCGGCUGAGGCAGUACUGCGAGGGCUGGAUGCCAGGGAUGCAGCCCUGGUGGUUCUGGCGGAGCACACCCUGUCCAGCGCCGCUGUGGGGGAGUGCUCCGUGUGGGCGCUGCGGGCCGGGCAGCUGCUGGCCUCCUGCGGAGCCGGGAAAGUGGGAAGCCAUCUUCGGUCCUUCACGCUCUGCCUCAGGCCAGGGGACCUCGUGGCCCUGGCGCCGAAGUCCACGGCGUCCCUGGAGGAGGCUGCUUUGGUUCUGAGGUGCGAGUUGAUGCGGCCCCAGGAUGCCUGGUCGCCCUUGCAAACGGAGGCGGAGGGGCCCCACCCCUCCUGGGCCAAGACCAUCUUCAACGAGUAUGGUACGCACUAG